AGACGGAACUCCGCAAAUUCGAAAAAGCUUUCGCACCCAAAUCCUCAGUCCUCACCAACAUCUCUCCCACUGUCCUCUCUCGCCGGCCGGUUGUUACCCCAGCCACCACCAGUUGGCCGUCAUUCAACUCGCCGGCUCUUCUCCUCACGGCUGAAGUAGAGAGCAAGUUCUUGUCGAGUCACCGGCCAUGGGGAAUUCAGGAAAGGAGGCCGAUGCAUCUCUCGGCUACCUCACCAGGAAGGACACGGAGGUAAAGCUCCCUCGUCCUACUCGGGUCAAGAACAAGACCCCAGCUCCGAUUCAAAUCACUGCGGAGCAGAUUCUUCGGGAGGCACGGGAGCGGCAGGAAGCCGAAAUCCGCCCUCCCAAGCAGAAAAUUACCGACACCGGUGAGCUUGCGGAUUACCGUCUUCGCAAAAGGAAGGAAUACGAAGACCUGAUUCGGCGGGUCAGGUGGAACAUCAGUGUUUGGGUCAAGUAUGCUCAGUGGGAGGAGUCGCAAAAGGAUUUCAGCCGAGCUCGCUCGGUCUGGGAGCGAGCUCUCGAAGUUGACUACCGUAACCACACGUUGUGGCUGAAGUAUGCGGAUUUCGAGAUGAAGAACAAGUUCGUCAACCAUGCGAGGAAUGUUUGGGAUAGGGCAGUCAGUCUUUUGCCGAGAGUGGAUCAGCUAUGGUAUAAGUAUAUACAUAUGGAGGAAAUGCUUGGUAAUGUAGCUGGUGCGCGCCAGAUCUUCGAGAGGUGGAUGAAUUGGAUGCCUGACCAGCAAGGUUGGCUUUCCUUUAUCAAAUUUGAGCUUAGGUAUAACGAGAUUGAGCGUGCUCGAGGAAUUUACGAGAGAUUUGUUGAGUGUCAUCCGAAGGUUACUGCUUGGAUUAGGUUUGCCAAGUUUGAGAUGAAGAAUGGUGACAUUGUUAGGGCUGGAAAUGUGUAUGAGCGUGCAGUCGAGAAGCUGGCCGAGGAUGAGGAAGCAGAGAACUUGUUUGUGGCAUUUGCCGAGUUUGAAGAGAGGUGCAAGGAAACUGAACGUGCUCGGUGUAUAUACAAGUUUGCACUGGAUCAUAUCCCCAAGGGAAGUGCCGAGGAUCUGUAUAGGAAGUUUGUUGCUUUUGAGAAGCAGUAUGGAGAUAAGGAGGGGAUAGAGGAUGCGAUAGUCAGUAAAAGGAGGUUUCAGUAUGAAGAUGAAGUGAGGAAAAACCCGCUCAAUUAUGAUGCUUGGUUUGAUUAUGUUCGGCUGGAAGAAAGCGUAGGGGACAAGAAUAGAGUUAGAGAGGUUUAUGAACGUGCCAUUGCUAAUGAGCCUCCUGCUCCGGAAAAGAGAUACUGGCAGCGAUACAUUUAUUUGUGGAUAAACUAUGCCCUGUAUGAAGAGCUGGAUGCUGAAGAUGCUGAGCGAACAAGGGCGGUCUACAGGUUAUGUUUGCAGCAAAUUCCCCACGAUAAGUUCUCAUUUGCUAAAAUUUGGCUUCUAGCUGCACAGUUUGAGAUCCGUCAUCUAAAUCUGAAGGGUGCUAGACAGAUUUUAGGCAAUGCAAUUGGAAAGGCUCCAAAGGACAAGAUAUUCAAGAAAUAUAUCGAAAUAGAGUUGCAACUUGGUAAUAUGGACCGUUGCCGCAAACUUUAUGAGAAGUACCUGGAGUGGUCCCCUCAAAAUUGCUAUGCCUGGAGUAAAUUUGCCGAGCUGGAGAGAUCCCUUGGUGAAACUGAGAGAGCAAGAGCAAUUUUUGAGCUCGCCAUUGCUCAGCCAGCUUUGGAUAUGCCCGAGCUUCUUUGGAAGGCAUAUGUUGAUUUUGAAAUCUCUGAGAAGCAAAUCGAUAGAACAAGACAACUUUAUGAGAGGCUGUUGGAUCGGACCAAGCACUUGAAAGUCUGGAUUAGCUAUGCGAAGUUUGAAGCUUCCGCCAUGGGGAAUGAUGAUGAUAAUGAUGAUGAUGAUUCAGAGGAAGUUACAAUUUCUGAGGACCAGAAGAAAUUGUGUAUUCAAAAUGCAAGAAGUGUCUUUGAGAAAGCUCUUAACUACUUCAGAACUUCUGCUCCCGAGCUGAAAGAGGAGCGGGCGAUGCUUUUAGAAGAAUGGCUAAACAUGGAGAGCAACUUUGGCGAGCUUGGCAAUGUCGCUUUGGUCCAGCCUAAGCUACCCAAGAAGUUAAAGAGGAGGCGGCCUAUCAAUUCAGAAGAUGGUCUCUCUGGGAUGGAAGACUACGUCGACUAUGUCUUUCCGGAGGAGAAUAAUGCUCCAAACCUCAAGAUCUUGGAAGCGGCUUACAAGUGGAAGAAGCAAAGGCUUUCUUCCUCGGACGAAUAGCCCAAAAUCUUCCUGUUGUUUUGAGUUCAUUCACUUUGGUUAUGUACAGAUCCCUGGGGUGUUUAUGGUGCUUUGGAGCAAAAAGAUUCCAUGUCCACUGGACCUUAGAAUGCCUGUUUUAACUUGGAAAAUUUGAGUGUACUAGUUUUGCCAUGGAGGAAAGUAGGGAAGAAGAACCGAAUCUGUGUGGAUUCUGUCAUUCUAAGCCCAAGAAUCGAUUACUUGUACACUAACUUCUGUACUUUAACUGGGAAAACCGUUUGAUGGAGAAAUUAUAGAUGAGUAGCACGAGGUUUUGUUAGUAGUUUUUAGUAAUUAACUGAUAAUAAGUCAUUAUAAUCAAU